UCCCAGAAGGCUCCGCGCGUUGUCCUCCUCGCCCUCCCUCAAGGCCGCCUCGCUAUCCCAGUGUGUCCGCUGUCGCUCUGCUGCCCGCCAUGCUGCCCUCCGCACUGCUUCGCCGCCCGGCCCUGCGCCGCCUGGUGCUCCAGGCACGUGCCUACGCCGAGGCCGCCGCCGCACCUGCCCCCGCCGCCGGACCCGGACAGAUGUCCUUCACCUUCGCCUCCCCGACGCAGGUGUUCUUUGAUGGUGCCAAUGUCCGGCAGGUAGAUGUGCCUACGCUGACCGGAGCCUUUGGCAUCCUGGCAUCUCACGUUCCCACUCUGCAGGUCCUACGGCCUGGCCUGGUAGUGGUCCAUGCUGAGGAUGGCACCACAACUAAGUACUUUGUGAGCAGUGGGUCUGUCACUGUGAAUGCAGACUCAUCAGUGCAGUUACUGGCCGAAGAAGCUGUGACACUGGACAUGCUGGACCUGGGGGCAGCCCGGGCCAACCUGGAGAAGGCACAGUCAGAAUUGUCCAGCGCAGCAGAUGAGGCAGCACGGGCUGAGAUCCAGAUCCGUAUUGAGGCCAAUGAGGCUCUGGUGAAGGCCCUGGAGUAGACGGUGCAUGUCUGUCACCCACAGGGAAACUGAGGCAGGUCCAGGCAGAUGAAAACUGUUCUCUGGAUUCUAGUCGGUUGUUGCUAAAGUUACCACCAGGGGGCAGCGGUGCUCCAAAAGAUGGCUUAAAAAGCUUCCUGGUGCCUUGUCUGCCCUGGAGGUCUUUUCCCAGCCUUCUCACAUCCUGGGAUCCCCAUGCCGCCCCUGGAGAGCUGCCACUGCUCUCCUUUACCCCAGCCCCACCCCCAGAGCCACCUGGACAGUCAGCUUGCCCUGGCCUGCCUCCAUUAAACAAGGAACCAACUGAG